GCCUUUACAACCCUCAAAGACGCUCUGGCAACGGCCCCUAUUCUGAUUCGGCCGGACCCCUCGAAACAGUUCAUCCUCAUCACAGACUGGCAACCGAAAGCUAUUUCCGCUAUUUUAGCCCAGAAGGGGAACGAUGGUCAAAAGCACGUCAUCGAGUACGCGUCUCGAACCGUACCGGACGAACGAAGAAACGACUCCGCACCCCAAGGCGAGUGCUAUGCGGUAGUUUGGGGAAUCCAGCACUUCCAUCCGUAUCUCUAYAGACAGAAGUUUCGCCUCGUAACGGAUCACGAGCCUCUGCUGGCGUUGAAGAAGCUCACCAACUACACGGGCAUGAUUGGCCGUUGGGCGGUGCGAUUGCAAGAAUACGACUUCGAUAUCGUCCAUCGAAGGACAGAGCGACACGGCAACGCGGACGGGCUGACACAUCUGCGUCGACCUGCCAAGGUACCAAAGGACGAGGAGAUAAGGGGAGCAGACGAGGAAGAGGRAGAAGAAGAGCCAUCGAAUGAAGAAGAGAAYGAUCCWGACUAYGUACCRGAAAGAGAGGCAGRGAUAGUCGACGAAUCAGACCAGCCGCCGGUAAAAGACGAAGGGGUGGAACCAGGAGAAGAAGAAGGAAGCGGGCUAUCAGUAUCGGAGGGCAAAGGGUUCGAGGCUGAAGUGCGUGACGCGGCGCGAGAACGAGCGCGAGAGCGGAGGAAACGGAAGCGCCAGGAAACCGCGGAGGGAAAGCGACCUGCAACAGACGUGUUCUCUGUCGAUCCAUCGAUCGGGGACCCGUGGCGUGAUCCAGAGCCGCCAGGGGAGGAAGACGAUGGAACCGCAGCAGAGGGAUCACGGAGCCAAAGAAGAAGAAGAAGUGAAUCGCUAGCUCCCUCCGGCUCCCCGUCCCGAUCCUCCCUUCGGCUACAUCAAGAUCUCGGCGUUCGGGCUUCGUCCCCUGUCGUUCUCUCGCCGACCCCGUGACUACCUCAUGCUCACCCGCCUUC